AUGAAGCUGAAAAGAUCAAUACAGAAGACAUUUGGAUCGACAAAGGUGAAGAGUGUACAGAUCCAUCCCACGAAGGCGAUUGGAUUUGCAGGACUGUUUGAUGGACAGGUGCAAGUAUGGGAUAUGGAGAGGAUGGCACACGUUGAUAGUGUGCAUGUAUGCAGCGAGCCGAUUCGAACCUGUGUGAUAUUGAGAAAAAUGGACUGGAUUCUUAUUGGGAGCGAUGAUGGAUGUGUUACUGUAUAUGAGCUUGGAAAGUAUAGGAAGAUCAAGUCUUUUCAGGCACACAGUGACUUCAUAAGAAAGAUAGAAGGGCAUCCUGAGAAGCCUAUGUUUGUGACGGCAUCUGAUGAUACUACGAUGAAGAUGUGGGUAUAUGAAAAUGGAAUCAACCAGUCGAUGACUUAUACUGGCCAUGGACAUUUUGUCAUGGAUGUAUGCUUUUAUCCACAGGACAGUAGUAAGUUUAUUUCGUGCUCGUUGGACUCAACGAUUAAGAUGUGGAGUGUGGAGAAGCCGCACUGUAUAAGGACUUUCAAAGGGCACAGUUCUGGAGUGAACAGCAUAUGUUUUGUGAAUGAAGGAUAUCUGGUGUCUGGAGCGGAUGACCUGACAUUGAAGGUAUGGGAUUUCCAGACUGGACAAUGUGUUUCGACACUCACAGGACACACAAACAAUAUCAACAAGGUGUAUAUGUUGAACAGUUUUCCGUUGUUUGCGUCCUGCAGUGAAGAUGGAAGUGUGCGUCUUUGGAAUAGUAAGACAUUCAAGCAGGAAGACAUGCUUGCACUGCAGGGAGGAAGGGUAUGGGAUAUCAAAGAGCGAGAUGGAAUGAUGAUGAUUGGAUGUGAUGAGGAGCUUAUUUUUGUGGGAGCACAGCAGAUGUCAUCGCUUGCAGGGAUGAGCAAUGGAAGGAUAUUCUAUUGUGUGGGAAAUUCAGUGUAUGGCUCCAGAAGUGACAGUGUUGGAGUAAAGAAGAUGAUAUCGAGUUUGGACUUCUGUCCUGAUGAACUGGAUGCGUCACCUGGUGGAAAGAUGAUAGCGCUUGGUAAUGAAGGAGAGUAUAAAGUUUAUUCAUCGUUGGGAUUCAGGAGCAAAUAUUCAGGGGAAGGAAGAGAUUUUCAGUUUAUUGAUGAGGAGGAAUAUGUAGUAAGGAAUGGAAGCAUAGUUAAUUUCUAUAAGAAGGCGGAAGUGCUGAGGAGUUUAGAAAUCCAAGGAAUCAGCAAGUUGUUUUACCUGACUCCAAAGUUGUUUGGUGCAAAUGUGAUGGAGCAUACUGUAAUCUACAGCAUGUCUGGAAGACCUGUGUGCCAGAUAGAAGGUAUUUCAAGUCACCUGGUGGUGAUUGGGGAUUUUCUGAUUGCAUGUGGAGCAGCGAUUGAAGUGUAUAAGAUAAACCAUGAGAUGAUUGAGGGAUUUGAGGAGUUGGACAUUGAGGUGACCGAUGAGAUGAUGACAGAGGUAUUUGAACAUGUAUGCAGUGAGUAUUAUACAGUGAGUUCAUGUUGCGUAGAUAACGAGGUGCUGUAUUUUGUAUCGUGCAUGAAAGGAUAUUAUAUGAUUGUUGGUGAAAAACCUUAUGUAUAUCAUUUUUCAUCAAUUGAGGGUAUAUUAGCGGGUGUUGAAGGAGAGGAUGUAUUCUAUUUGCAAGACAAAUUGAUUGAGAUUAGGAAGGUGGAUGGCAGGUUUAUGGAGUUCCAAAAGGCAAUACUACAAGGAAAUGCAAUUGAGGUGAGUGAUGGAAUACGUAGUCGGGCGAUUGUAUUUUUUGAAUCUCUAGGGAUGCAUGAGGAGGCUCUGAGACUGUGUAUGGACGAUAAUCAAAGAUUUGAGAUUUUACUGAAGCUGAAUCGGUAUGAUGAAGCAUUUAACAAGGCAAACAGCAUUGCCAAGUAUGAGAAGUUAGGAAGAUAUUUUCUUAAAAAUGGAGAGCUUGAAAAGGCAUCUGAUUGUUUCUUUAAGUCCAAGAACUGGGUUAGUGUGUUGUUAACAGAUACGUUGAGUGGAAAGAUUAAUCUCAGUGCUGUUGGUGAUGAGUGCAAGAGGGAAGGAAGACUUAAUCAUGCAUUUUUUGCAUAUUUGAAAAGUGAGAGAUAUGGAGAAUGUGCAAGGCUGUUGGAAGGUACUGCAUUCAGUGCGCUUUUUGCAAAGAAUUAUCUUGAUUAA